CAACAGGUGAUGUCGUUUGCCAUAGGAAUAGUGCUGGCGGUAGCACUAUGUGUGGGAUACGAAGUAUCUGUGGCCCUUCAAUGGAAGGAGAUGUUCUUUGCGCGCAAUCGCAUAGGUAGAAAUAAGUUUAAACCAGCGGUGUUGAAAGAUACAUACUUUACAACUACGUGGAAGAAUGCCAUACAGCUGUUUGAUUUCGGACGAUGGGCCCCCGAGAUUGUUGGAACUAAGUUCGUCACGGGCUUCCUGUCAUUGUUUGUACGAUCGUCACCUGCUCACUCCGGUCCUGACACACGCAUGACUGCUAGCGUCAUCCCUGGACAGAUCGACACAACGCGAUGGCAUCAGGAAUGGAACGCCCACUUAUUCAGUGUCAUGCAUGAUUCAAAUCCCGACUCCUUCAUGUACAGACUAAGGCAGGAGGUCGACGUUGUCGCGUAUGUCA